AUGACGGGACUUGGGGAGACGCCAUUUUUCAGCUUCAUCAUUUUUUCUUUUCUUUUUUUCAAUUACGAGGGAGAAACUAUAUAUUACGUCCCGGAAGGAAGAGACGGACGGGGGAAUGGGAGGGAUACAGUGGAGUCUUGUGAAGAAGAACAGCAAGCAGAGAGCAGGCAAGCAGAAGAAGCGCGAGCAGAGGCCAAAAAGAAAAGAGACGGCCGUGAAGAGAUCAAUUAUUGUUUCUUUUUCCUGGCUCUUUUUUUCGGCGAAAACGGCUACGAUGAAGAGGAGGAUGAAGAUGGCGAGGAAGAAACCAGUCGGCCAGGCAUGGAUGGAAGGAAGCAAAGAAAAAAGAGUCGUGGUGAAAUAGGUCAUCAUGUCCGUUGGCUUUGCGUUGCCCUCCCUUUUCUUUAG